AUGCCCUAUUCAAAUCCCGACUCAUCAGUCUCCAAUCAUGACAUGAAUUCAGUGUCCCCCAAAACCACCACCACAAAUAAUACUUCUCCAUUCGCCACACUAGCUUCUACCAUGGGGAAAACGACAAUAGACCCUGAAACUGAAACUGAACACAACCAGGGAGAAGGAAAUGACGACCAAGAAAUCACUAUCAACGGGAAAGCAACAGCACUGGAAUCAACUACCAGACCAAUUUUUCAUGUAAAUUCAUUAUCUAAAAGUUGGCAUUAUGAUACAUCAAAUUCAGCAAGUUCUAAAUCAGCUCCUAAUACACCGAAAAUUAAAUCUCAAUCACAACCAGUUUCAAGAAGAGCAAGUGUGGAUGAUAUUCAUUUCCAACAUAUUCCAUCACAUCAAGAAACUCAUAAUUAUAGUUUUAAAAAUUCCGUUUUAAUACCAGCUGCAAAAUGGGCCUAUCUGCCAAUUUCAAAAAUAAGAGGUCUGACAAGUUCUAGUAUUAAGAAUACACCAUUACAUGAAGAAUAUUUGAUUGAAUAUUCUGUAUUCCGUCCUAUUAAAGGAUUACCAGAAUUAAAUUCCCAUAAAGAUAUUUUAAUUCAUUUACGAGAUACAAUAGAAUCAGAAACUAAUAAACCAUUUGAAUUCCCUGAAACAUACAUAUCUGAAAUUGAUUUCCAUAAUUUAUUAUUUAAAAUCACAAAAAUCAUUGAAACUGAUCAUAUUUAUCCUGAAAGAAUAAGUACUGGUUCAUCAGGUAGUUAUUUUAUAUUUGAUAUUGAUUUUUCACUUUAUAAAAUUGGUAUUUUUAAACCCAAAGAUGAAGAACCAUAUGGUCCAUUACUGCCAAAAUGGACAAAAUGGGCUCAUCGGACUUUUUUCCCAUGUUUUUUCGGGAGAAGUUGUUUAAUUCCUAAUCUUGGAUAUAUUAGUGAAACAGCAGCUUGUGUUUUGGAUCGACAAUUACAAUCAUAUAUUGUACCUCAUACGGAAAUUGUUGAAUUACGAUCACCAACGUUUUUCUAUAGUUAUUGGGAUAAAAGUAAUGAUGUGACGAAAUUGCCUAAAAAGAAAGGAUCAUUCCAAUUAUUUUUAAAAGGAUAUAUUAAUGCUGAUAUAUGGUUAAAAAUAUACCCUAUACCAACAAAUGACGUUUGUUUAUUAAAGAAAACAUCUCGAAUAGAAGUCCCUUUAGGAGAAACCAAAUUUUUAUUUACAUGGAGUCAAGAAUCAAUGCAACAAUUUCAAGAAGAAUUAGAAAAAUUGGUGAUUUUAGAUUAUCUUAUGAGAAAUACUGAUAGAGGAUUAGAUAAUUGGAUGAUUAAAUUAGAAUGGAUUGAAAUUAAACGGAAACAACUGACAAAAAUCAUGAAACCAAUUAUUAAAAUUGGUGCCAUUGAUUCAGGGUUAGCAUUCCCUUGGAAACAUCCUGAUGAAUGGAGAUCUUUCCCCUUUGGUUGGUUAUUUUUACCACUUUCAAUAAUUGGUCAACCAUUUUCUCGAAGAACAAGAAAUCAUUAUUUACCACUUUUAACUUCGAAAAAAUGGUGGGAAGAAACCGUUAUAAAAUUGAAAGAUGUCUUUAUGAAAGAUAAUGAUUUUAAAGAAAGAAUGUGGUUAAAACAAUUGGCAGUAUUAAAAGGUCAAGCAUUUAAUAUUGUGGAAAUUUUGAAAUUAACUUAUGCUGGUCCUUUAGAAUUGACAAGACGGGAGAAUUUAUUAGUUAUUGAUGAUAUAAUGUAUAUGCCUAAUGGGAAAUGUGAUUAUGAUUUUAUGAAAUCGUCUUUAUAUGAAAGUGAUAUUUUUAAAAGUUAUCGAGUCAAAAGUACAAAUAGAAAUCAUGGAGGAGGUGAUGAUAAUGACGAGGAGGGAGGCCAAAGUGAGACGAUUACUCAAAAUACUCCAUUGUUGACACAUCCUCAUAAUCAUUAUCUUGAGGUGAUUAAUGAAUCAAUGGAUGAUACUAAUAAUGAAUCUGGAUAUGAACAUAUGAAUAGAGAAAACAACGUUGCUGCUACUGAUAAAGGUAAAAAAGUUAUUAUUGAAAGAUUAAUUAAAGAAACCAGUAAACCACCUGUUUUCACUUGGUGUUAA